UGCAAAGAGCCACUCUCACCGGGCUUUUCUUGGCAUUUGAACCUCCUCCUGAUGGGAGAAUCAUCACUGCAUGAGCACGUCUUCAUAAGCAAGCAUGAUCAACUUAUUUAUGAUGGUCCAUUGUGUGCCUCGAGUCCCCCUUUGUGUGUGCAGGCAAGAUGACCCUGGGAAUUGUUGGGGCGAGGCCACUCCGUUGGGCUCUUCUCCUGUUUUGCGUGGUGAGCUUGUGCAGCCGGCGAGGGUCUGCUGGCAACCAAAGCUCGCGAGGCGAGACGGGGUCGUCGAAGGAGAGGACAGGGACUUGCGAAGUGGUUGCGGCACAUCGUUGCUGCAACAAGAACAAGAUUGAAGAACGCUCUCAGACGGUCAAGUGUUCCUGUUUCCAAGGACAUGUCGCGGGGACAACAAGGGCACUGCCCUCUUGCGUUGAAGCCUCCAUCGUGCGUCAGAAGUGGUGGUGUCAGAUGAAGCCAUGCGUGGAAGGGGAGGAGUGCCGAGUACUUCCUGACCUGACUGGCUGGUCAUGCAUCUCUGGGAACAAAGUGAAGACCACCAAGGUGGCGCGGUAGCAAGGAACCUGCUUCGUCCAAUCAGAGCAAAGCCGCUCAACUCAAGUAAUUCUGGACCCUGAGGACUGAUGGUGCCACAAAGAAUACACUUCAUGGGUUAAACAGCAGCAACUUGUGAUUUGAACCUUUUUUUGUGUUCAGUUGCAUUUAGUCCUAUUGUGUGUACAAUCGAAAUAGAGAAAUGGCUCUUGUGAAUGUUUUGUGAAUUCCCUCAGUAGGGCAUAUGCUGAGCAUACAUGCAUUCAGUCAAGGGUGUGAGAUCGGCCUGUGGUCCCUGCUGAACAAAUGAAACUCUUUGUAUGUUCAGGAGGUGCAGCCAGUGGCCUGCAAAUCUCUCUGCUCAUCAAAAAAGCAAAAAUUCCAGGAAAUCUAUUUAUAAGUGUUUAUAAGAGUGAAAAACGGAAUGGACUCACUGUGCAUCCCGGUCAAGAGGUCAGAUCCCUUUUGAAUGAGAAGAUGUACUCUCCAAAACGUUGCACGCUUGGCACGCACACGCACGCACGCACGCGUGCUCGCACACACACACACACACACACACACACACACACACACACACACAAAGGGUGUGUUUUCGACGGCGGAUUGGACAGACCACCAGACAAGAAUGCAGCCAUUCCUGCGAUGCAAAACAAGGACCGUUUGAAAUGGUAAUCAUGUAGAGGAAAGCGACGAGGAGCUUCUUCACUGGUGAGGCUAUUUACAUCGCGCUUUUGUUUCUCUCACCAAACACUGUACUCCUGCAGAGGGGGUACCGCUUUUUGUAGUGGCCGCGAACUUUCAAGGUUUUUUGCCUGGGAGAAAAGUGGAGCCACAAACAAAACGUUUGGUGUGAUUACCACUUCAGCUUCUUGAUGAAUAAUAUUAGCAUUGCCUUUGUUGUACCUCUGGAGCCCAGCCACUGUAUGCUUGCCUUUAAUUUGUUAAUGAUGAUAAUUCACAGUACUUCCAAUACACUGAUGGCAAACUUUCGACUCAAUUUAUUAGAUUACACAUUUUGAUCAGCUUUUCAAAUAAAUACUUCAUUUAAUUAAUGCUGAAUCAUUUGAAACCGCUCUCCUCAAUGUCACUCCCUUGGUUGACGUUGAUUCAUCAGGUUUGGUGCACUUGUGAUUAUCAACGACUGCUACAAUGGCUACUUAUGCCCCCUUACUUACUUAUUCUCCUUUCACAACAGCAUUUAGAAUCUAUGCCUUUGUUACAUCUCAGCUAGAUGACUGUAACACCCUUUGUUUUGGAAUCAGCCAGUCCUCCCUCAAGCUUCUCCAGUUGGUCCAGAAUGCUGCUGCUUGCCUCUUACCUGGUGCUCAUAAGUGGGAGAACAUUACUCCAAUUCUGGCCUCAUUUCACCAGGUCCCUGUACAUUUUAGAGGUCAUUUUAAUAUUCUUGUAUUGGUCUUUAAAUCUUGAAAUGGUCUCAUCCCACUUCAGCUCUCUGAGCUCCUCUGCCUCUAUGUAAAUGCCUGGUGCCUCAGUUCAGCAGGUGUCGAUGUCAGGAGGACUACGGAGAUGGAGCUGUUUUCCCUUGCUGGUCCCUCCUGCUAAACGUUAUGCAAACACCCUCCCUAUCCAUCUUUAAAACUCAUAACAAGACACACUUUUAUCCUUUAGCUUUUGACUAUCAGGAGUUUCAAUACUUUAUUCUGUUUACUGUUUUGAUGUUAUUCAUUUAUGGUUUUACCGGUCUUUGUUUUUAUAUUUCUGAUUUUUACUGUAUGUACAGCACCUUGUAUGCCGCUGUGGUGGCAUGUAGAGUGGUCUAGAAAUAAAGUUCAGUUAUUUCACAAUG